GGCAACACACUCGAUUCAACUUGCCACACCCGACACUCUGCGCAACUUGCGAACUCACCUCCCGGAAGAAUUCUGAGUAUUAUUUGCCUUGAUCUAUAUUGAUUGAACCGGUUUCAAUCCUAUUCCCGCCAAUUAACUCUGUCGCCCUGCCACCGCUCACCCCGCAACUGAGCGCACCUAACAACAUCCUCCCAACCUCCCGUUCCCUCUGCCCGCCAUGGCGUGGAACGUGUUUCGCGUGUUGGCGGAUCUUUCCCAUCUUGGCUCGAUCUGUCUACUGAUUUGGGCUAUUCAUAAGAACAAAAGUGCUGAAGGUGUAUCGCUUCUUACACAGCUUCUCUAUGCUGUAGUAUUUGUGACGCGGUAUCUCGAUCUAUUAAAUCCGGAAACGUGGUCAGUACGGACGUACGGCAAGGCGGUGAUUUGGAAUGUCUCGUUCAAGCUGUUCUUCAUUACCUCCGCCUUUUACACUAUCUUCAUUAUGAUGAAGGUCUUCCCGCGCACAAGGGAGCGCGAGCGAGCUUGGAAGCUCGGAACCUACUCCGUGCUUAUCUCCAUUGUGCUGUCGCCGAUUGCAAUCCUCAUCUUUGAACGAAAGUUCCCACCUCACUGGUUCUUGGAGCUCCUCUGGGCCUUCUCCAUCAUCCUCGAGUCCGUCUGUGUUCUCCCGCAGCUUCUCCUCCUCCGACAAACUACAGUCCCAACUGUGAUUGACUCAUACUACCUCGCCGCACUGGGCUCCUACCGCGCCUUCUACAUCCUCAACUGGCUCGUGCGCGGCUUCGGGAAAGAGCACUUCUGGGAUCUGAUCGCGUUCGUCUUCGGCAUCGUGCAAACUGCAUUCUACGUCGACUUCGCGUGGGUGUACUACUCGCGACAGCGGGUGAAGCUGCGCAACGGCGGUGUCGUGGACUCGGAGGACUUUAGCAAGAGCUGGCUGGUGAACCGGGUGAUGAACUUCCGCACGAGUCGCGCAUCAACGGACGAGGAGCAGCAUCUAAAUGAGGACGAGGAGGGUGGCGAUGGCCGGGCCAAUAGUAACCGGUGGGGAGCGCGGGGAAUCUCGAUUGCGGCGGAUGAUACCUUAGAGAAUCAAGGUCGGUAUGGGGGUCAUGAUGAGGAUGAGAAUGGUAUUGAGGGUGUGUUGGCGGAUGAUUAUCUGGACGAUCGUGAUCAUGCUCCGCGCACUCGCAUCACUGGUUAAUUUGGCUCCCGCGGGGUUGAUUUCCAGAAAGGAAUCAUGGUUGGAGUGACAGCGGAGCGGAGCGGGGCGGAGCUGCUCCGGGGGUGGAGUCGGGCUGGUUUUGAGUAUAUUUAGCUGUUUUGUUCCGUUAUCCACUUUUUUCUUUUUCUUUUGGGUACAGAGUGCCUGAUGCUGAUGACAUCACGGUUGCAUUUAUGGAACGAGCAAUGCUUGUUAGAUGAUUGUCCAUGCUUCUACCCUUGCAAAGUAGACAAUUUAUAGAUUCAUGCCUGAAGGGUCAGGCAGAAGAUUGUCC